CGGCACCUGACUACCUGAGGCCGCUGCGGCGUUUCCCCGUGGAGCCGCGUGGGUGGCGUGUCGGCCCGGCCAGCGCCACAAGUCUGUAAAGUCUCCGCGCGAAGUAAUCACAUCAUCCUCUCCCUCCGUCCUUCCUCCCCCGACCUGAAUUCCCCGGACCAGAGCAAGAGAGAGAGUUUUCCCCCGAUCCGAUCCGAGAUCCGCAUCACCGAUGGCGUCCCGGAGCUGCACCUUCCUCGAGAUCCUGCUCGCCAUCAUCCUGCCGCCGCUCGGCGUCUUCCUCCACUACGGCUGCUGCAGCAUGGAGUUCUGCAUCUGCCUGUUGCUCACCAUCCUGGGCUACAUCCCCGGCAUCAUCUACGCGGUCUACGUGCUCGUUGCGCUCGGCUCAGAGGAGCGUGAUCGGGACUACGACACCCUUGCUUAAUAAUCCUGCAGCAACUCGUAUUGUGUGAUGAACCUCUCGCCUGGUUGUUGUGAAUCGACGUCGUGUGUUUCCAUCUGGACUGUGUAGCUUGCCUUAUUUCUGUCAGCCUGUAAAUGCUUAAACCAUCCCCCCUUUCGGUUUUGCCGUCCUGUAAUUCUGAUACAACCGAAUCAAUUUCAGCAGCUUCGAAGAUUUAUGCCAGUGGUUUACAUGAGAGGGUUAUGUAACAGGAGUUACGAUCCGAGGAAUUCCCGCCACCGUUGUUGCGUGGUGAUCUUUGUUCAGUCGGACUUAAUUUUGUGUGCUAUAUAUACUUCAUUGCUGAUA